AUGACCUGUGUGUAUCGAGGUGAACGUAUUAGGCGCACGCGGGUGCAGAACACGGCACGGGUAACAUGGCAAGAGGACAACUUGGUACAUCUUCCCUCUGCCCUACCUAUCUCUGCGACAGAUGACAGUGGGAAUCCUCAGCUAGACGUGAACCUACACUUAUCCCCAACGAGCCUCGAGCAGCCCGACCAGACGAGCCACACAGACGAGCCUGAGCCGCAGAAGUCUCCCAGCCUUUCGCCUGCUGGGCAGUUACUAUUUGAAAGCCUUCCCAAGGAAGAUUCUUCUUCUAUGGGUCUUGAAAGGAGUCCUCUAGAAUGGAGCUGGACUGAUAAGGGUCAUGAGUAUACCGGCCCAUCGUCCGGUACCGCACCACUCUCGAACAGAUACUUGAAAUGGGUCCAAGCGAAGGCUAUCAGGUUUGACCAUUUGUGCCACAUUUUUGCAGGUUUAAGAGACGGUGUUACCAGAAACCUUCAAUACCCGAAGUGUGCUGGCCAGGAGAUUCUUAGUAAUACCCACGACUUCUGCCACGAUGGCUCGGUGGAGGCAUUCCCAACCGAAGACACAAUAUGGCGCUAUUCUCGGGCAUACUUCUCCAGGGUCCAGAUCAUAUUUCCAAUAUUAGAUCGCCAAGAUUUUGAAUUACAGUUGGCCAACUUCUUGGUCAAUUCCUCGAAAUCUUCCUCUGCCUGGAAGGCACUUGUUUUCGCCGUUCUUGCUUCAGGGUGUAGGGCAGUUUCAGCAUCGGAAUCCGUCAGAGAGUUCCAAAACUCUAGCCAGGAAGCGUGGCAAUACUUCCUUUGUGCACUCCAGCAUGAAAAGAUGCUCGCAUAUGAACCGACGGAUCUUACAAGUGUGAAAGCUCUGGCAGUUAUGACGGUGUUUGCACAAGGGUUAUCGAGCCCCGUAAAGCUGGAAUUCACCCUCUGUUCAACAACCAUACGCUUGGCACGUAGUAUAGGGCUACAGUACGCUAUUCCUGCCAGCCAGAAAAUGGCUGACACCGAAGCUGAGGAACGAAAUCGGCUGUUCUGGGUGAUAUACUGCCUUGACAAAACCAUCGCUCUUCGAGGCGGCCGGCCGUGCACUAUCGACGAUGCUGACAUAACCUGCGAUCUUCCGAGCACUCAAUUAUAUCAAAUAAACGAACAGACUCCUGAGUUUGAGCGACUUAACCACGUCUUUCGAUGCUACACCACAUUCGCGCGUCUUUGCGGCCAAAUUUCACAGGCUCUCUACUCGAAGAACGCUUUGCAGCGUCGAUUUCAAGACCUUCAGGAGCCAGCUAUGAACAUUCUAGUAGAACUGGAAUCAUGGCGGAAACUCUUUGUUCCUAAUGGACCGUGUCGAGGCCCUGCUUACGACGGCUAUAAUUUGUCCGGGCGUUCUCAGACUGGGUUGCUUGUGCUUCACUUUUCAUACUACUACGCAUUGUCCGCCGUUCACCGAAGAUUUUCACCAAUGUUUCGCCAUGCCGAUGAAGAAGAGGAUAAUGGAGAUACCUUCCUUGCGGCGGCGAGUUCCAUGAGUCAUGUCGAUGCUGCAAAAGCGACGAUACUGCUGACCAAGCAUCUCGAAAUUGGGAGUUAUUCCCCAUGCUGGCUUCUAGUAUAUUAUCCCCUGACCGCGGUCCUCACCGUCUUCACACAUGCAGUCUCCCACCCAUCACGUGCGGGCUUGGAAGAUGAUGUUAUCCUCUUGCAGAUUGCUGCUGGAUAUUUCGGAAUGUUGGAGUACGUUACGUCGGGUAUGGUUGGCAUGAGAAAUGUCUCAGAUUUGAUUCGAUAUGCUGGCCUGAUUGCGGACGACCAAAGCCACUCAACCGCUCACAAUUCAUCGCAACAAGCGGAGGAUCCGCAGAGAAUCAAUUGUUAUGCUGCUGACUUGGUACUCUCACCGCAGGCGUCAGCCCAUAAUCCAGCCCAUUCAGCGAUAGAACGACGAGACAAUCCUCCCAAUGCACUUGUGCACGAAAUGGUCACAUCCACGGGACAAAGCGUUCCCGUGGCAAACGGCUCUACCCAAACGGCAAUGGAUCAACGUCUCCUAGAUGAAAAUGCCCUCUUCGCAGCCACCUUUGACGGAGAUUUCUUCACACAGAAUCCUUCCACAUGGUCCAAUGAUGAAUAUCAACCGGAUAUCAGCUUUACCAACGCCAGACUCGUGUCAAAUGGAUUUCAGCAGGUCACCCCAAUCAACAGUGAUUGUCCUUAA